UUACCGCGUAGCUAGGCUAGGCUAACUGACGAGGAGAUUGUGUUGAAGAUCGUAUUUCCUCUUUUCCACCCAGAUUCACAGAUAGAGGUCCCCGAGUCCAAAAUGUCGCACAGGAGAGACAGGAGCAUACGAGAGAUGUACGACGAUCACUUUUUACCAGAGAGGCCGGGUCCAUACCCCCGGGGAGCCGGGUCGGUGGAGAGGAGAGGCCCCUUCGGCAGACCAGAAGAUGACUACAAUCGUGGUGGCUACCAGUAUGAAGGAGGGCCACGCUUCUUCCCCAAUGGAGGAGGCCCACGAAAUUAUUAUGAAGAUCAGAGGAGCUACCAUGGUGACAACAUUCAUUUCCCCUCUGAACGCAGAGCUGGUCCACCUUCGCGGAGGGAGGAGUAUCCCUACAGAGGCCCCAGGGAGGACCCACACUCAGGACGGCCCAUAGAGUUUGGGGCCCGUGCAGCGCCUCCUCAUAACGUGAGAAACCAGGGCAUCUACCCAGCACCCAGAUCACUCCCGGAGGGUGGAGAAGACACACUAGUGCAGGCCAUCCUCAACCUGGACCGAGGCGAGGACAGAGAGCACUUCAGGAGGAAGGCGGCUCCGUUCCCUCCUCUCAGGGAGCGGUCUCCUGUGCGCCGCGACGUGGCCCGAUCCCCCCACAGUCGCUCCGGCUCAAGCGUCAGCAGCAGGGGCUACUCUCCAGACAGAGCCAAGGGUCUGCCAUUUCCCUCACAGCAAGGCAAGAGUGUGGAUGGUCCAGAGGGUCACGCAGGUGCUUCUGAGCCCCUUUGGGGGGCGCUCUUUCCUCAACAGAGCGGACAUGAAACUUUGGGGUAUGAAGAGACUUAUUCUCAGAGCAGGAUGGCUGACAAAAUUCCUGGGCUGUCAAGAGAAGGCUCCCCACACAGUGCAACCUCAAUCAAGGAGGACAACCAUCCUCCAGAGGGAGAAAAAGAGGAGCUACCGAUGCUUCCAUUGGUGGAGGAAAGCCAAAAGUCGUCUUCAGACAACUUCCAAGAACGACGAGCCCUGGCCAUUGCUGCCAAAGCUCAGGAGAUAGAGAAGGUGUACCGGCAGGACUGCGAGACAUUUGGCAUGGUGGUUAAGAUGUUGGUGGCUAAAGACCCCAACCUGGAGAAGCAGCUGCAGGUUCCCCUCAGGGAGAACCUUGGGGAGAUCCGGGAACGUUGCCUUGAGGACCUCAAACACUUCAUCCACGAGUUGGACGAGGUGGCCCGGCAGCCAGAACCUUCAGUCUGUGACUCGACCACCCCUUCGAUGGCCCUGACGGGUCAUAAACUUUCAAAGACAGGAGUCAAUCACAGCUCGUCUUACUGACACGUUGGCCAUCUGCUCUCUGUGAAACGGAGCAUUGGAAGGAUUGACUGCUGAUGGAUAGAUUGAAGAGACUUUGGAUUGCUGGACUUGAACCGAUUUUACACCACAGCAACCUAAAGAACAAUUUCACAGAGAGGAAGCAGUGUUGCACCGUGUGGAGAUGAACAGUGUUAGUUUUGAACAGAUAUUUUUUUUUACCUUCAAGUUCUCUGUUGAAAUAUGUUAAUUAUAAAAUAUUGUGUUUUUUUCUGUCAUGUUGGCAAAGAAAACACUUUUUCUCUAGUUCAAAAAGUCUCACAUCAAGUGGAAAUGGUUGACAUUGGUUUCUGUUAUUUAACCUGUUAAAAAAUAUGUUGUUGAGAUUAUAAAGUCCAGGAGCAUGAUCAGACAUUUCUAAAAGAAAAAGCCGAAAAGCCAGUGCUUUGUUUUGUAGAAUCUUUGGUUAUGUACAUUUUUAUUUUGUAGCAGUCAGAUGUAUGACUUGGUGCUGCUAAAUUUACAGUUCUACAUUCUCGUAUAAAUUUGUACUGUCGAGAAA